AUUAAAAGAUAAUUUGAUUACAUACGUUUAUUCAUUUCAGUAAGUGUAUCGCUCAUAAAAUUUGAAGGCCGUUUUGAUGUAUAAACUCUUAGUUUGUACACUUGUAAAUGCGUUUUAGUACACUCUGUAAAACUGUCAUGCUUACGAGUGACACUGACUUUUGAUAAGAUCGCAAUUCUGGAGACAUUGUAAUAGUGGAUGAAACCUACUAUGAAAUAACAGCUGGUGUCAGUCGGAAAGUCCAGUAAUAUUUGUGAAGAACUCGAAAAGCAAUAUUGGGUGCAAAUAAUACCAUGAUUUAUUGGUAUUUCGUCUGUUGCGCGUUAAGCUUGUGCUUAGUGCAGGCAGAAAUUGAUCUGCUUUUCGAAGAUGGUACUUGUGUGUUCACCAACGACAAGUAUAUUAAACCAGAUUCCUGUGGAAUGGAAGUUGAAGAUGAUAGUGAAUAUGGAACUAGUUUGACUACCAGAUUGGAAAUUGUAAAAGCAGUUGACAAAAUUGUGGCUCUAGGCAAUAUCAAUGCAGCUCAAAUGGGUGAAUAUACGAAUGACCUUGGACUUCAUGUAGAAAUGGAUCUUUGUGAUGCUUUAUCUAAUCCCACCAGUAUUGCGUUUCCCAUAUUACGAGCUCUUGAUAUGGCUGCUGACAACUGUCCUCCAAAACCGGGAGUUUACGGAAGAGAGAAUUACGUGAUUGACAAUUUCGAUGGUUUGCCAGAUUCCUUUCCACCUGGCAAGUACUUGCUAAAUAUUACGCUAAUGGCCGGAGAGAAAGAAAAACCAGAGCCAAUAACUCAGUUUCAUCUUUACCUAACAGUAGUUUAAUUUGAGGUGGAUUGUAAGAUUGUAUUAUGUAUUA